UGUGCUGUGUGUGGGGACAGAAGCUACGGCAAGCAUUACGGUGCUUUUUGCUGCGAUGGCUGCAGUUGCUUCUUCAAGAGAAGCAUCAGGAAAAACGCCAUCUAUAUGUGCAUCGGAAACGGUCAUUGUGAAGUGGACAAGGCUCGUCGCAACUGGUGCCCUAGGUGUCGUCUUAUCAAAUGUCUGCAGGUCAACAUG